GCGCGACUCCACAUGAAAAACUAGAUAGUUCUUUUUUUUUUUCAAAUAAUUCAGACGUAAGAACCUGCGUCAUGGUGCUGUGUUCUUAUGGCUUACUGAUCACUGCAGCGCUCGUGGCCUCAAAAGGAACAACGGGAAAGCCCACAUGCAAUCCUGGAGAGGAGAACAAAAAUGUUGUUUGGACAUGCUAUACGGACGCCCAUAAUACAACGUGUUUCGAAAGAAGUUUCUCUUACCAACCUAGCACCGACACAUGCGAAGAAUUUUUGUAUGAAGGCUGCGGUGGAAAUGAUAAUAAUUUUCCUUCUAUGGAAGCCUGCUUAAGCCACUGCAAAACCAAAAUGACGGAUUAUGAAAUAAAAUUUUUUCAACGUUUAAAAAAGAAACCAAAUUGCACUAGUACUUAUGAGAAUGGUCCUGUAAUUAGAUAUAUCUUCAACGAAACAUCAAAAGAAUGCCAAAGAACAGGCGUUAAGAACGGAGAUGACCAGUUUCCAUCGUUUCGAAAGUGCGUGAAUGAUUGUAGUCCAAAAACCAAAUGGAACCCUUAUUGCAACUAUACCAGAGAUAAUGGAACGAAGCCUAUAGGAGGAUGGAGAUGCUACAGACCAGAGGGUUACAAAACGCUCAUCUGUUACAAGCCUAAAAAUCGUUAAAUAAAGGCUUUUUUUAAA